AUGGCAGCGGCUCAUGCUGUGUGCUUGGAGAGAGGGCACUCUUCCAUAUCUGUGAGCCAGAGUGAGCAGAGUCUGGAAUUUGAGCCCCAGUGCAGUUCUGUAGAGCAACCUGCCUCGGAAAUACUCCCCAGAGAUGCUGGUGAUGCUGAGCAGUGCUUGGAGAGAGGGCACUCUUCCAUAUCUGUGAGCCAGAGUGAGCAGAGUCUGGAACUUGAGCCCCAGUGCAGUUCUGUAGAGCAACCUGCCUCGGAAAUACUCCCCAGAGAUGCUGGUGAUACUGAGCAGUGCUUGGAGAGAGGGCACUCUUCCAUAUCUGUGAGCCAGAGUGAGCAGAGCCUGGAAUUUGAGCCCCAGUGCAGUUCUGUAGAGCAACCUGCCUCGGAAAUACUCCCCAAAGAUGCUGGUGAUACUGAGCAGUGUCCUAAACACCGUUUGGUGUGUGGUGAUAUGUCUGCUUUUGACAAAUGCAUUCACUGCCUGGGACCUUUCGCCUCUUUGAAAUGGAUGGGGUUCAAAUGCAAAGAUUGUCCAGGACUCUGGCAUCUAACCUGCUACAGACGGAUGAUGGGUCAAGACUCAUCAGACCUCAUUGAUUCUAUGAGCUCUGGAAGCGAGUAUGUGCCGGACUCUGAGUCCGGGGAUUCCGAUUCUGAUUCAACCCAGGAGGCCGUUUUCAGCCAACACUUUUCAAGUGGAAUGUGGAAGAUUCUGAGCUCCAUAAAGGUGGAUGAAAUUGGCCUGACUUUGAGAAAUGACCUCUCCAUUGUGCACUUUGCCCAGUCACUUUACAACAGACACGGACAAGACCCCACAAAACAUGAGUACAUGCGACAGAAGCUCCGUGAAGUGGGAAGGCUGCUAGUCUGUCUGCGCCACGACUUCUCAAUACACAGCCUGGAGGAAGCUAUCAAGCCAUGUAACUUUCAGAAUGUUGUUCAGGCAGUUCAGAAAGUUGCUGGCUUUGAUGAAGAAAAGCUGUCCUAUCGUACACCAAGCCUGGCUCUGAAGCUGGGGCACACACUAAACAAGAUCUGCAACAUCAUUCAGUGUCGAGCUCUGAUGGCAGAGGAUGACAGGCUGGUUAAGUCAGCUGAAACAUUCAGUAAACUGUACACCUCCAAGUGGUGUGAGCUGGUGUCCCAUAGUGCUCUUAAUACGCUGAGUACGCUGAAGUAUAAUAAACCAUCAACACUGCCCUUCACAGAGGACGUUCGGACACUACACCAGUACCUGCAGAAGUCUGCAGACGCUGCUGUUGGCAGCUUGACGGAGGAAGCUACAUCCAAGACCUAUGCUGAGCUUAGUAAAGUUAUUUUAGCUCAAAUCAUUCUAUUCAAUCGUAGACGUGCUGGGGAAGUGUCAAAAAUGCUUCUCAAAAGUUUUGAGGAACGGGACAGAACAAAGCUUCACCAAGAUGUUGCCAUGGCCCUGUCCAAGCUGGAGCAGCAGCUGUGCAGCUACUUCACUAGAGUGGAAAUUGUUGGGAAGAGGGGGAGGAAGGUGGUUGUUCUUCUUACACCGUGUAUGGUGGAUGCCCUGUCACUACUGACAAGUAAAAGAAAGGAAUGCGGCGUCCAUGUCAACAAUAUUUUCUUGUUUGGAAGACCUCAAGCGCUGAGCCACUACAGAGGACAGGACUGCCUGCGGGUUUAUGCAAGCCAGUGUGGAGCAAAGCACCCAGAGCUCCUCAGGUCCACCCAGCUGAGGAAGCACGUUGCAACACUCUCUCAGAUCCUGAAUCUGAAAAACAAUGAACUUGACCAGGUUGCAGAUUUCCUUGGACACGACAUCCGUGUCCAUCGGGACUUCUAUAGGUUGCCAGUCCCAACCAUGCAGUUGGCAAAGAUUUCCAAAUUGCUAUUAUCCAUGGAAAAAGGAAAUCUUUCUGGCCUGCAAGGGAAGUCCCUGGAUGAAAUUCAGAUUGAAGAUGAGAUAUCAUUCAGUGACACUGAAGCUAAGGACAGUGGCAGUGACUCUGAGGACAGUAGCACAGAGGCUAAGGAACCACAACUUGAGGACAUGGAAAGUCUGGGUCAAUCCUCAGGCUGUCCCAUCGUGGAGCUGUCGCAGAACUCUGAGGACAGUAAGUAA